CGGCUUGUCAGGCUGUCAGGCGCACUGUGGCGCCAUUCUCCGUUUAUUAGUGAUGGACCUUCAGUCGUACAUGCCGGUGUGUCCGGGUGUCGGGAUGGAGGAGAAUUAUUUCUCUCUGGAUGAUAUUUUAUUAUCCCAGGAGCGGUUACCGUGCUGCACCCAGACACACUUCCCCAAACUCGGCUUCCUGGAGAAAUCAUCCGAGACUCACCAUAUACCCGAGGGGAAUAAGAUGGAAAUGCCGCUGUGGUUGGCGAAGGGUCUGUACGAGAGGAAGAGGCGGGUGAUCUCGGUGGACCUGCCGAAGGUUUACCGCGAGGGCUGGAGGACGGUGUUCGGGGCCGACGCUAACGUGGUGGAUCUGCACAAGAUGGGGCCGUAUUACUACGGCUUCGGCUCUCAGAUGCUGCACUUUGAGAACGCGGAGAACCCCGAGAUCGCUCAGACGAUCCUACAGACGUUUAUCGGGCGUUUCCGACGCACCAUGGACUCGUCCCAGAACGCCUAUAACGAGGACACGUCUGCGCUCCUGGAGCGACUGGACUGUCUGGAGAGGGCGCUGUUCCGCUCGGGUCAGAGCGGCCUGAACGCCUUCCAGCUGUGGGAGAGGGGGCGAGCCUCGCAGCUCACGGCGUCCAGCCUGGUCACCAACUACCGCAAGAGGAAGAUCGUCGAGCUGCAGUCCUGAGCGGCCGAGCCGAGAUAAACCGAUCGGAGAGACGAUAGUGAUGAGUGUGUGUGUGUGUGUUUGUAAAGUUAAAAUGACUUUUAAUAAAGGUGAAAGUAUUUUGUA